GCCCCAGGGAAUUAAACUCGCAAAUAUGGCGACUACGGAAGAACCUAAGCCCUCUUGCUAAAACCGCCUUUUUUAUCUCCUUAAAUUUUCAGUGUAUUUUUUGCUUGAGUUCUUUGCGUCGCAAAUAAGUGAAAAAAUUCAAAUCCAAUCAAGUCUCCGCUUUUUUUCUCUUUUCUGUGCGAGUUAGUUGCAGUAUUAUUGGCUGCUAAUUAAAUUUCCACCGCGCGCGGUCAAGAGAGAGAGGCCGUAGGACUGAGCGAGUUUAGCGCCGGACAGGGUUUCGUCCCUAGAAGGGUCUGCAUGUCGCAGUUCGCAGUCGAGUGGCGUGAGGUCUGCACACCGCGCCGAGACAUGAACACUUCCUACUUCAACCACUCUGGCUACGGGCCUCUGCCCUUCUGGGACAACCUCACCAACCCCACGGCCUUCAACAAUCGCGAUUUCGUCAACCCUUUCCAGGUCGACGAGGAUCGACAGGGGCCAUUGCCGCCGUCAACCCUUGGCUUAGCCACUGGCGCCCUGUUUAUCCUAUCCUGUGGCACUGGAAAGUCACUAAUUAAAUCAAAAUGGAUUGUGUGGACUGUGGCGAUAUUGAGCGUCCUCGUCUUGGCGUUGCCCGUCAUCAGCACCCUGCUCAUCUACAAAAUGCUGGUGAAACUUUGCGUCCGCGGCAAAACCUUGGCAGGCGCCGACGUUCUAUGGGCAGUUGACGCGGACGAGUCGUGCUCCCUGGCCGUGAUCAACGUCCUGGCUGUGGUCUCAGGUGACCUCAGCCUGCAACAAUUGAAGACUGUUGUUGCCGAGAAGCUGGUUCCCUGUCACGAAAAACUGAAGCAUUUGCGACAGUACUCGCCUCUGGGGUACUUUUUCUGGAAGGGCCAACAGAAAUUAAACCUUGACGACUACAUCAAAACCAUCGACUGUGACUUUGACGAGGUGGUCACCGAGGAGGAGUUGAGAGAAACGCUGUCAACCCUGAGCAAUGCUCCACUGCCGCUCAACCACCUUGCCGGCUGGGAAAUCUACCUGGGACCGAAACUCAUGUACAGCGGAAAGAUGCACCGCGCUGUUAUUUUCCGCAUCCAUCACUCGAUGGGCGACGGCCCGGCCCUCUUCAGAGCCCUUUUGUCCACUUUGGCAAACAGCGGUGACAUGCACGUGCUCAGACCCAACCCAGAGACCAUCAAGAAGAUGGUCGAUCGAGUUCAGACGAGGAAUCAAAAUAGUUUCCUAGACAAUAUUGUGACCGUGGGAAGGUCAUUGAAGAGUCAAUUUUUGCUCGCCCCUGACCAAAAUAAGCUCCAUGGGCCCAAACUGACAGGAAAGAAACAGAUUGCCUGGUGCAGUUCACGCCAAUUGAUGGAAGCUGCGAAAUCAAUUCACACUGCAACGGGCGCCUCUUUCAGCGCCGGUCUGCUCGCCUCGUUUUUGGCCGCCGUCGCGAAAUACAGCAAAAAUUCAGACAAAUUAAAAUCGUGCACAGUCGUUAUUCCUGUUCGCAUUCCCACCAAAAACUUCAACCCUGAAGACGUACCUGAGAUGACGAAUUCAUUUUCACUUGCGGUGGUCGGCAACAAAAUCCCAGCGAUGGAAGAAGAGGAUGUCGUGGCGCAGGUGCGGGCCGCUGAGCAGGCCCUGAAAAACGCCACCAAUCCGGCCGUGCUGGUCACCAACAACUUCAUCAUCAAGCUCGUUGGUGACAUCUGCCCUCGGCCACUGGCUGCCGUGGCCUUCGACAGCAAGGAGUGCACGGUUGCGAUGAGCAACAUGCCAGGGCCGCAAAAGAAAAUUUCUCUGUUCGACUUGCCAUUGGAAAAGUUGGUCUUUUGGGUGCCCAACAAGGGAACGACAGGUGUUGGUGCGAGCAUCCUGAGCUACAAUGGAGAAUUAAGCCUUGGUCUUAACAUCGACAACGCUCUCCUCGACCGGCCAGAAGAAGCUCAGAAACUUGCUCUUCUGUGGAAGGAGCAGCUUCUCUUUAUGGCAGACGUGAUCGAAAGCGAACUUUGUAAUUAAUUUGGCAAAUUAUCGAUUUCUGCAACUCUUAGAUAAAUUUUCUACUUAUUAAAAAAAAAUGAGUUUUUAUAUUUCUCGCCAUAAGGAUAAAACUUUAAAAUAAAACUUAAAAAUUAAUGUAGGUUUUAAUUUAAUGUGUUGAUAAAUGCUCAUAUACACUCAGUUUGUCAUGCAUACAAUUUUUUUUUAAUUUUAAAUGCAUCAUGUAAUCAACUUGUAAGUUUUACAUACUCCGUUAUUUAAACUACCAACAGUUGUAAUGUGUGUGACAAAUUGGACUCGUCUUUUUAAUACACGUUUCACCAACAAAUCAUUAUUUUUAUUAUUAUUUUAAUCUCGGUAUAUAAUAAUUUUUUUUAUUAAUAUUCUUAAUAGUUCCUUUUUUGCGUUUUCUUUUUUCAUGAUGAGUAUUUUAUACAUCAGGCUUUUCCUAUAGAUAUACAAUGUCACCCUUGAAGACGAAAAAUAAAAUCUGUUCGCGCAUUUUACACAUUAUAUUGGUAAACAUCAGCAAGAUAUUCAAUCAGUUUCAAAAACUAUAACGUGUAAGUUACUCUCUCUACAUAACUUAACGCAAAGGGGGCUUCCAUUUUUAUGUAACAAUUACUCGUUUCCUAACAGCAACUAAUCCUCAUUUAUAUAUUAUUCUUCUUGAAUAGCAACACUCAAUCAAUCGAACGCAAUCAAAAGUGAAAAUGUUGAUUAUCACAUACUAAAACCUUGCAGGUUUAAUUUACGACUCAACAGGGUGUGUUGAAAUGGUGAUCAGUUUUGCUUUAGAUUAAAUUUGCGGUGAUAUAUAUUUAAUUAAUUAUCAUUGCCCUAAGUUGACCUCAAUUUGAAUGUGCACCAUAUUUAGAGUACGAUAUACUUUUCUUGAUCGGUUUCGUCUCUCUCAUAUUUUUGUUAAUUAAUUAAUUAAUUCUUCCGCCUCCUUUUUACGACGACCACUAAUUAUUACUCGUUGCUUCUUUUAAUGUCACUAAAUAGUUUUUGGUCACGGGAAUAAAACACUCUGCGUAACCACAUGCACAUUUUUUUGGAUAACAUUACACGUAGCUACCGAUUUCCAGUGUUGGUAUUUUGUCCCUUUUUAUAAAAUCAAUCGAAUGA